CGGGGACGCGCAGGUCUCGCGCCGCCGUGGAGGUCGCGCUUCUCUGGUCGCGCGCACGGCGGCUCACUCUCUGAGUGGAAACCAAGGCGAACAAGGGAGGAACGCGUGAAGGAGCAUGAAGCGGCAGGGGACCUCUUCCGAGUGGAAAUCUACGCGGAUGCAGUCGAGGACAGCCGGAGCAGCAAAUGGAUUUCUCAUGGAAGUAUGUGUGGAUUCAGUGGAGUCAGCUGUGAAUGCAGAAAGAGGAGGUGCUGGUCGGAUUGAAUUAUGUUCUGGUUUAUUGGAAGGAGGGACCACACCCAGCAUGGGUGUUCUUCAAGUAGUGAAACAGAGUGUCCAGAUCCCAGUUUUUGUGAUGAUUCGGCCACGUGGAGGUGAUUUUUUAUAUUCAGAUCGUGAAAUUGAGGUGAUGAAGGCUGACAUUCAGCUUGCCAAGCUUUAUGGUGCAGAUGGUUUGGUAUUUGGGGCACUGACUGAAGAUGGACAUAUUGACAAAGAGCUGUGCAUGUCUCUUGUGGCUCUUUGCCGACCUCUGCCAGUCACUUUCCAUCGAGCUUUUGACAUGGUUCAUGAUCCAGUGGCAGCUCUAGAGACCCUCUUAACCUUGGGAUUUGAACGAGUAUUGACCAGUGGAUGUGACAGUUCAGCAUUGGAAGGACUACCUCUAAUAAAGCGACUCAUAGAUGAGGCAAAAGGCAAGAUUGUGGUAAUGCCAGGAGGUGGCAUAACAGACAGAAAUCUACAAAGGAUCCUUGAGGGUUCAGGUGCUACAGAAUUCCACUGUUCUGCUCGAUCUUCUAGAGACUCAGGAAUGAAGUUUCGAAAUUUCUCUGUUGCCAUGGGAGCCUCACUUUCUAACUCAGAAUAUUCUCUAAAGGUAACAGAUGUGAUCAAAGUAAGGACUUUGAAUGCAAUUGCAAAAAAUAUUCUGGUAUAGCUGGACCUCUCUGAGACACAUGGAUAUCACAGUAUGAAGGUAGAAGUAUACUAUAGUUCUGUAUCAGCUUUUAGUCUUCUUGGCCGGGACACAAUUUUUAAGUUUAAUAGGGCAAUGGAGUAUGUUUUCAAGAAGAAAAAGAAAUUGAAAAAGAUAUUGUUGCAUCUUUUGCUAAAUCUUGCUGUUAUCAUGGUUAAAUCUGGUCUGCACCUCUUCCACAGAGAGACUUAGAUUUCAGUGAAACUAAUUAAUGCACUGGGAAAAUUCAAUUGUAAGGUAUGAAUUCAGAGUGUCACUUCAUGGUCAGUUCAAUAGCAGUAUUUUGCCUUUUCAUUUGUAAAAUAAAAAUUUCCAUUCUAUUA